AGCACUGACCGAUCCUAGAGGGGAGAGCAAGCGAAAGACACGAGAGAGAGAGAGAGAACGAAAAAAACUGCGUAGCGAACAGUUAGAAAGAGACCGGAGAGGUUCAUUUUCUGGGUCGUACGUACGUUGCGGAGCUUUCCCUUACUUUUAUGCAAAAAAGACAACUCAAUUGAUCGUCCCGUCAAGGUUUGGGGUGCUCCUCUUCAUAAUAUCCUGCUAUUACAUGGUAGCAAAGACCUAAAGACGAGGGUGUGUAAGAUGGCAGUGUGGAUCCAGGCCCAGCAGCUCCAGGGGGAUGCGCUGCACCAGAUGCAGUCUCUCUAUGGACAGCACUUCCCCAUUGAGGUGCGCCAUUACCUGUCCCAGUGGCUCGAGGGCCAACUCUGGGAUGUGAUCGAUCUGGAGAACCCCCAGGAGGAGUUUAAGGCCAAGCGUCUGCUGGACAGCCUGAUCCAGGAGCUGCAGAACAAGGCUGAGCAUCAGGUGGGAGAGGACGGCUUCCUGCUCAAGAUAAAACUGGGACACUACGCCAGCCAGCUCAAGAGCACGUAUGACCGCUGCCCUCUGGAGCUGGUGAGAUGCAUCAAACACAUCCUGUACACGGAGCAGAGGCUAGUCCGAGAGGCCUCUAAUUCGAGCUCCCCAGUGGGAGGGAUGAUGGACAGCAUGUCCCAGAAGUACCAGCAGAUCAACCAGGCAUUUGAGGAGCUGCGCCUGCUGACCCAGGACACAGAGAACGACCUGAGAAAGCUCCAGCACAACCAGGAGUACUUCAUCAUCCAGUACCAGGAGAGCCUCCGCAUCCAGGCCCAGUUGACCAGCCUGACCACACUGCCCCCUGCUGACAGACAGCUGAGGGAACCCACAUUACUGAGCAAGAGAGCCACCGUGGAGGCCUGGCUCACCCGGGAGGCCAACACACUACAGAAAUACAGACUGGACCUGGCAGAGAAGCACCAGAAGAGCCUGCAGCUGCUGAGGAAGCAGCAGACCAUCAUCCUGGAUGACGAGCUGAUCCACUGGAAAAGAAGGCAACAGUUGGCCGGAAACGGGGGUCCUCCGGAGGGGGGGCUGGACAUCCUGCAGUCCUGGUGUGAGAAGUUGGCAGAGACGAUCUGGCAGAACAGGCAGCAGAUCAGGAGAGCAGAACACCUGAGACAACAGCUUCCCAUCCCCGGCCCCAUCGAGGAGCUACUGAACGACCUCAACAGCACCAUCACAGACAUCAUCUCAGCACUGGUCACCAGCACCUUUAUCAUAGAGAAGCAGCCUCCCCAGGUGCUGAAGACCCAGACCAAGUUUGCCGCCACAGUGCGCCUCCUAGUGGGUGGAAAGCUCAAUGUGCACAUGAACCCCCCGCAGGUCAAGGCCACCAUCAUCAGUGAACAGCAGGCGAAGGCCUUGCUCAAGAAUGAGAACACCAGGAAUGACAGCAGUGGAGAGAUCCUUAACAACAACUGUGUGAUGGAGUACCACCAGGCCACAGGAACACUCAGUGCCAACUUCAGGAACAUGUCUUUGAAGAGGAUCAAGCGCUCGGACCGGCGAGGGGCGGAGUCUGUGACAGAGGAGAAGUUUACCAUUCUGUUUGAGUCUCAGUUCAGCGUCGGGGGUAAUGAGCUGGUCUUUCAGGUUAAGACGUUAUCACUUCCUGUGGUGGUGAUCGUCCACGGUAGCCAAGACAAUAACGCCACGGCAACAGUGCUGUGGGACAACGCUUUUGCCGAACCCGGUCGGGUGCCCUUCAUAGUGCCUGACAAGGUGCUGUGGCCCCAGCUGUGUGAGGCCCUCAACAUGAAGUACAAGGCGGAGGUGCAGAGUAACCGCGGCCUCUCAGAGGAGAACCUGGUCUUCCUGGCCCAGAAAGCCUUCAGUAGCUCCAGCAUCAACCCUGACGACUACCGCGGCAUGACCAUGACCUGGUCCCAGUUCAACAGGGAGAGUCUGCCUGGCAGGAAUUUCACGUUCUGGCAGUGGUUUGAUGGGGUCAUGGAACUCACAAAAAAACAUCUCAAACCACACUGGAAUGAUGGGGCGAUCCUGGGAUUUGUGAACAAGCAGCAGGCCCAGGACAUGUUGAUGUCCAAACCCAAUGGGACCUUCCUGCUCCGCUUCAGCGACUCUGAGAUCGGAGGGAUCACUAUCGCCUGGGUGGCUGAGAAUCCCAACAAACCAGGGGAGAGGAUGGUGUGGAACCUCAUGCCCUACACAACCAAAGACUUCUCCAUCCGCUCUCUGGCUGACCGCAUCAGUGACCUCAACCACCUCCUGUUCCUCUACCCAGACAGACCCAAGGAUGAGGUCUUCUCCAAAUACUACACGCCGCCCCUGUCCAAAGCAGUGGAUGGAUACGUGAAACCGCAGAUCAAACAAGUGGUACCAGAGUUCACCACGACCAAUCCUGACCCAGCAGCAAACCCCACCUACAUGGAUCACGGAGCCUCCCCUGUUGUCAGUCACCCUCCAAACUACGGCAUAUACCAGCCUAUGAGUGACUCCAUGUUAGAUGCUGACGGUGACUUUGACCUGGAUGACACCAUGGACGUGGCGCGACACGUUGAGGAGCUGCUGCGGCGACCGAUGGAGAACCAAUGGAGCGGCCAGCAGUCGUGACCCUCAACCUCUAACCCCUGACACCAACAAAAGAACCCCGCACCUUUUGACAUUUCUGAUGGUUUAAUUCCAUUCAUUUCCUCCUGUUCUGUUUCAGAUAGCUAUAAUGUGAAAUGUUAAUAAUGGUUGUGAUUGUUUUUUCUCCUCAGCAUGCAAACUGCACGUCAGUGACCUUUUUUCAGUUUGUCUCCGUGCGUAUCUGUAAAACAGACUAGGUAGAAAUGCAAAAAAAACACAAUGUUACAGUAUUGUAUGAAAAAAAUUCAAUUCACGCAUGUAUUUUAAUUUGGUCAUAAUUCUAACAAAGAUAUAUGAAGAACACUCUCCACAACCGGUAUGAAGUCAUUUAAACAGUUGUACUGUUUUUAUUUUUGUUUAGUUAUUUUAUUAUUGUAAAUGGUUUAUCAACAAAGUUUGUUGUUUUUUGAAUCCGCCCUCUGCCAAAGAAGAGAAAAACUUCAAUGAAUAAUUUGUUGUUGUUAUUGACAAUAUCAUUGGAUUUGUUGCUAAGGGAAGUUUCAAUCAGUACUAUAAUAAUUCUGAAUCUUUACACACUAAACUCCAAGCAGAAUGGCUCUCAUUUCAUUCUCAGAGCAUGAGUAUUAUCUAUGUCACACACACACGCACACACGCACGCACGCACGCACACACACACGGUUGCAUAAUAUAUCCUGCUCAAAAAAAUAAAGGGAACACUAAAAUAACACAUCCUAGAUCUGAAUGAAUGUUGAAUGUGCUGACAAAAUCACCCAAAAAUGAUCAAUGGAAAUCAAAUGUAUCAACCCAUGGAGGUCUGGAUUUGGAGUGAAAAACCACACUACAGGCUGAUCCAACUUUGAUGUAAUGUCCUUAAAACAAGUCAAAAUGAGGCUCAGUUGUGUGUGUGGCCUCCACCUGCCUGUAUGACCUCCCUACAACGCCUGGGCAUGCUCCUGAUGAGGUGGCGGAUGGUCUCCUGAGGGAUCUCCUCCCAGACCUAGACUAACUCCUGGACAGUCUGUGGUGCAACGUGGCGUUGGUGGAUGGAACGAGACAUGAUGUCCCAGAUAUGCUCAAUUGGAUUCAGGUCUGGGGAACGGGCGGGCCAGUCCAUAGCAUCAAUGCCUUCCUCUUGCAGGAACUGCUGACACACUCCAGUCACAUGAGGUCUAACAUUGUCUUGCAUUAGGAGGAACCCAGGGCCAACCGCACCAGCAUAUGGUCUCACAAGGGGUCUGAGGAUCUCAUCUCGGUAGCUAAUGGCAGUCAGGCUACCUCUGGCGAGCACAUGGAGGGCUGUGCGGCCCCCCAAAGAAAUGCCACCCCACACCAUGACUGACCCACCGCCAAACCGGUCAUGCUGGUGGAUGUUGCAGGCAGCAGAACGUUCUCCACGGCGUCUCAAGACUCUGUCACGUCUGUCACGUGCUCAGUGUGAACCUGCUUUCAUCUGUGAAGAGCACAGGGCGCCAGUGGCGAAUUUGCCAAUCUUGGUGUUCUCUGGCAAAUGCCAAACGUCCUGCACGGUGUUGGGCUGUAAGCACAACCCCCACCUGUGGACGUCGGGCCCUACCACCCUCAUGGAGUCUGUUUCUGACCGUUUGAGCAGACACAUGCACAUUUGUGGCCUGCUGGAGGUCAUUUUGCAGGGCCCUGGCAGUGCUCCUCCAGCUCCUCCUUGCACAAAGGCGGAGGUACCGGUCCUGCUGCUGGGUUGUUGCCCUCCUACGGCCUCUUCCACGUCUCCUGAUGUACUGGCGUGUCUCCUGGUAGCGUCUCUAUGCUCUGGACAUUACGCUGACAGACACAGAAAACCUUCUUGCCACAGCUCACAUUGAUUUUCCAUCCUGGAUGAGCUGCACUACCUGAGCCACUUGUGUGGGUUGUAGACUCCGUCUCAUGCUACCACUAGAGUGAAAGCACCGCCAGCAUUCAAAAGUGACUGAAACAUCAGCCAGGAAGCAUAGGAACUGAGAAGUGGUCUGUGGUCCCCACCUGCAGAACCACUCCUUUAUUGGGGGUGUCUUGCUAAUUGCCUAUCAUUUCCUCCUGUUGUCUAUUCCGUUUGCACAACAGCAUGUGGAAUUUAUUGUCAAUCAGUGUUGCUUCCUAAGUGGACAGUUUGAUUUCACAGAAGUGUGAUUGACUUGGAGUUACAUUGUGUUGUUUAAGUGUUCCCUUUAUUUUUUUGAGCAGUGUACAUCAGCUCCAGCUGAAACUUGGGGACUUUGGACCCCCUUAAUUUCCUGUAUUUGCACACAGAUGUAAUGUAAAUACAAGCAUGUAUCCAGCAUGGCCAGGCAGGUCUCUGGACAGCCCAUAGAGAGAGAUAGAGGACUCAUCAUUAAUAUAACCCAUUUUAACAUGGCCAUUGCCAUUGAGGUCUUCCACCAAUUGAAAGUUGUCAACUGGGUGGGGAUUCCUACGAGUUGGGAGCAAUCAGCCAAUGGAGAAGAAUGACAUUUACUACUUUAGUACCUCAACGGUGCUACCCAUGCUGUCACACAGACACUUUAAUGGCACAGAUAAAAAGAUGAGUCGUCUAUCUACCUCCUUACCCCUGUAAAUGAUGCAUGUGCCAUCAACACUACCUCUCAUUACCACUCUGUCUGUCUGCCUGGUGUUUUAAACAGCUCAUUUGGUCAUGUCUUGUUAUUGGUUGUGACGUCUAGUGUUGACAAUCUAUUUGGGGAGCUGUUGGGAUGUGUGUAGAGGAGCUGAGGCCACGGGGGUGUGUGUGGAGGUCGGGGAUUAGUUGGGAGAUCUGUAGGAAAGUCCAUUACUAGGACUGAUGGAUGAAGAGCCUCUAUACUGGGUCCUUAUUGGCUUAGUAUUGUUCAUCUGCUGAAGUACACUAACUACUCAAUCCAUAGCCUGAGAUGACUAGUGGAGAUCUAAUUCAACUCAUUUUACCAUGGGGCAAUGAUACAUUUUUGCCAUUUAAAGAAAGUUUUCUGCAGUUCUACACAUUUUUCCAUGGGGCGGAGUUUAAAAAAACAAAACACAUUUCAUGCAAUUCUAUUCAUUUUACCAUGGGGCAGAGAUACAUGUUUUACCAUGGGGCAGAGAUACAUGUUUUACCAUGGGGCAGAGAUACAUGUUUUACCAUGGGGCAGAGAUACAUGUUUUACCAUGGGGCAGAGAUACAUGUUUUACCAUGGGGCAGAGAUACAUGUUUUACCAUGGGGCAGAGAUACAUGUUUUACCAUGGGGCAGAGAUACAUGUUUUACCAUGGGGAAGAGAUACAUGUUUUACCAUGGGGCAGAGAUACAUGUUUUACCAUGGGGCAGAGAUACAUGUUUUACCAUGGGGCAGAGAUACAUGUUUUGAAGUUUUAAAGCUAAUUCCCUGCAAUGCUACCAGUUUUGCAAUGGGGUGGAGAUACAUUUUUGCAGUUUUAAAGCAAAUUCCCUGUAAUUCUACACAUUUUGCCAUUACUUAUGUCAUGUUAAUGAUAUCUGAGUGAGUGUGACUAGCUAGACUAGUUAGCUAGACUAGUCAGCUGUUAGCUGACAUAGCUAAUUAAGUGACUGUCACUGACAAAACAGGAGAAAAACCUGCUGAUGCACAACCACAUUUCGAACCUUCACCUUCAAACUUUCAACAGAAAUUUAGACCCCAACUGAGUUCCAAAAAAAACUGACCCAGGCCCUAAGCGACCGCUUAUGUCUCUUAUGCUUGGAGCCAGCCCUGAUGGUACUCCUGUCUGUCUGUCUGUCUGUCUGUCUGUCUCUCUGUCUCUCUGUCUCUCUGUCUGUCUGUCUUUCUGUCUCUCUGUCUGUCUGUCUUUCUGUCUGUCUGUCUGUCUGUCUGUCUCUCUGUCUGUCUGUCUGUCUGUCUGUCUGUCUGUCUGUCUGUCUGUCUGUCUGUCUCUCUGUCUGUCUUUCUGUCUGUUUUUUCUCUCUCUGUCUAUCUCUGUCCGUAAGCUUGUCUCCUGUUUGCUGUUAUUACUGAUCACUGUUACUAAGUCGGCAUGUGCAUGUCUGUCUCUGUGUGAUAUAACAUAAAACAUCAACUGACAACCUGAGGUACAGAUAUAUAGCUAAGUGUGCAGACAAUACGAAGCGCUUGAACACUUGACUCAUCAGUCCUGAGCAUGAAGGCCAUUGCUACCAUAAAGUUUGGGAUAUUUUGGCACUGGCUCACUCCCUGUCUUUCAGCCGAGAUGUUGUAGUGGGUCUUUCUCCAUAUACUCCCAGCAGGAUUAGUCUGCCAUAGUACACCUUAGCUACCGCAGUUUAACAAAGCAUGUAACGAUACAUCCACCUGUUGCCGUGGCUACUCUGUUCACCCCCCCACCGCACAUACACACACACACACACACUUUUGAACCAUUGGGCAAUAGCCCCACACAACCCCCACAGCCAUAUUACACACGCACACACACACACAACCCAUUGCCUCUACUCAUAAGCUCUGCCCACUCAGGAAUGAAGCCCUAUGCUUGUUUGAUGUAUCAUAAAAUGAAAAAUAAGACGAAUAGAGUCUCUGUCUAUUAGUGGAGGCUGGUGGGAGGAGCUAUAGGAGGAUGGGCUCAUUGUAAUGGCUGGAAUGGAAUAAAUGCAACAGAGUCAAACAUGUGGUUUCCAUAUGUUCGAUGUGUUUGAUACAGUUCCAUUGAUUCCAUUCCAGCCAUUACAGUGAGCCCGUCCUCCUAUAGCUCCUCCCACCAGCCUCCUCUGCUAUCUAUAUACAGCAUAUAUGAAUUUAUUUUCUGUAGCGUAAUUCUAUUUUAUUACAGUAUACUGUACGUCUGUGGCACGCCCCUCUGAAUGUAACCCCCUUGCAUGACCUGAGGAGGGUGUCCGUAGAACAUGGCAGCCACUGCAACCCCUUAGGUUUCAUCUGAAGUAUCUGAAAAGAGCCAUAUUGCAAACAGGAAUCAGAAGAAUGUUGCUUUUGUGUUUGUCCUGCUGACAUUAUUUAGUCUUUUCCCAUCUUUGUUUCUUUCAUUUUUCCAGGUCAAAACAGCUUGUUUUUCUUCUUUGUAUUUCUUGAUUUUACUGAUAUUUUUUGAAGAGUAAAAGCUACAUUGGAAUUCUUGUGAUGUUUCCUUUAAAAAAAAAAAAACAAAGCGUUAUUCUGAUCAUUUCAAAGUCUUUGCUUCACCUUUUAGUUAGUCUAUGUACUCGGGAAGCUAUACAUGAGGCUGUGUUCUGUUCUGUGUUAGUUCCACAUUUGUGGUUUGGUUUUAGCACUUUGGAUGUGUUGCAAGGAAAACUGCAAUUGACAAAAAAAAAGUUUUAUAAAUAAUUUCAACCCUAACAUGUAUAAUGAAAAAUAAGUUGUGACUGAAUAAAUGUAAUGGUUUAUUUGUUCA